UGAUCAAACACGGAGAGCCCGUCGCAGAUAAGGCACAUUUCUGCCAAAUAAGAGGGAAUUUCGUGGUUUAUUAUUAUAAUUUAACAUAACAAAGUGAGUUCCUACAGCCCUUGUUGUUAUUAAAGUUAAUCAAGAGUGCAGAAGUUGGAAUCUCCCGAUCAAUCUCGCGCACGGACAGGGACGCGACACGGAUAAGUUAGCUGCUAGAAACAAACAGGAGAAAGCUCUACAAGCAGAGUAUUGCUUCAAAUACUUGAAAUCAUCCGUCAAGGACUGAUUUCGUAAAUGGGCUGGAAUGCACCAAAUGCCGGCCAUGUAGACAUUUCGUGACAUGAAGGAAUUGUGUAUUCCUAUUUGAUAAUAAUGACCUUUCAUUUACAAAAAGCUAGGCUCUAUUUCAGGCCGUCGCUUGGCCUCAUGAAAGGAUUUCGGGCAAUCAGAGAGCUGGGACAAGAUCAUUCUUCAGCUUGUUGAACGAAAUGGAAUAUAAAUAGAGUAAGUAUUGGAUUUGACAUAUCGCGUGAUAUUGCGCCUCAUGUUUUACGCUAAUCCGAUUGGACCGUGAGGAACUUAACUGAGCGCGACCAUUGCGUAACAGUGCGUUUCCAAUGACAAUAGAAUGCCCUCUGUGUGCCCAUAGGUGUGCCUUACUAGAUAACGAAGGAUUUUCUAAAGCAAUUACUCUAGAAUGUUGGCGAGAAAAGCGAUAUAGUCCUUGGCUAAUUGCGGCAAGGUGAAGGUUCGUACACAUAGCGCUACAAUAGGGAUGGCGCUAAAAUAACGCUAUUGCGUUUAACUGAGCGUUUUCACGUCACCGAACUGAGUUCGAUUGUAAGCUUCAACGCUUUUGUCUUACGUUCGACUGUUUGGAGAGAGUGUUGGAUCUCGAAGUCACAUCUACGCUCCUUAUAACAAGAAAAAAGUCCCAAGGAAUAGGGUGCUGUGUUCUGACUGAUAAUCUAGGGUCCGUAUACAUACCUGCGUCAAGUGUUAAAUGUCGUGACACUAUUUGUCAAGCGAAUGUGUCCGUGCGUAUAGUUUGCUGCACUGCUAGUUGGAAACAAUUCUUGAGGUCACGAGAAAACAACAGCAAUGUCGCGCAUCGUUUUCAGUGAAAUCAAGAGUAAGGGUCUCACAGCGGAAGUCGUUCACGAACAGCAGGCGGAAGCGGAAUUAGUUGAUAAAAAAGAGCCGGAAGCGGGGGUAAUUCAAAACCAACAGUAUCCAUUUGAAACUCGUUCCAGCUUAAAAAAUAAGCUAGUGAACUUCAUUGCGACAUUAAUCAUUGGGAUUGCGGUGGUUUCCUUCUGGCGUGGCUCAUGGAUUCUAGCGGACAUUUACAUAUUUCCAAGUACCCCAGAGAUCAGUGCUACGACCUCAAUAGUGGUUUCCUAUCCGUUUCUCUUCCUGAUCUUACUGGUGCAGCCUACUAUGCUGCGACGCAUGCGUGAACUUCAUCCCACCCCUAGAAGUAUUAUUUGGAGAGUUCUUUUCUAUGUCCUGGGUCUCGCAGCAGUGUUGUCAUGGCGAGGUGUGUGGCUAGCGCUGGAUGUAUUCACCUCCACUUCAGUCCUUAGUGCUGCCAUAUGUCACACGAUUGGAUUUCUCACUGCCGUUAUUACCAGAUCAACUGCAAGCUUGAUCCCGCCCCCUGGCUUUGUCCUGAGCGACAAAAUACUUCACAACUUCAACUUGUCUCUAGGGUUUCUUUACAAAGUCCAAAACCCUUCAUCUACAUUUAAGAAGUAUUUCAGACAUGUCAUCAAAUGUUUUAUAACAGUAUUUAUCAUUGGGGUGUCUGUGGUGGUUUACUGGAGAGGGACAUGGACACUUAUGGACAACAUUCCCUCGCCCAUGGAGGAGUUGGAUCAGUUGUUGUUUGGUGCCCUGCUGUCCUCGGGUAUUGGGGUAGUGCUCUACUCUAUUUGUUACUGGGUCAGCGAGCCCCUGGGAACUUAUGUUGCACAUGCAACAUGGCCUUAUGUGGUGCAAGCUUGCGUGGAACACGUCUUCCUCUACGUGUUAGGAUUUGCUGUAGUGAAUUUCUGGCGAGGAUUCUGGAAUUUGGGUAAUAUAUAUUUGAUACCAGAUAAUCUUCCACUGAGUAGCGCCCUGUGCCAUGCUGUCGGUGCAGGUCUACUGUUUCUUGGCUACGCCUCAGUGAACCUUCUAAGUCCACCAGCCGGAUGUCGCAGUCACAGCAAGAAAUGCUUAGAGGGCUUCUACAUUGGUAGUUACAUUUCAGAGGCAAUUCAGCCACCCGUCAUACCUCACACUGAACAGAACACUGGUUGUGGACAAAACCCCUCAACCUAAAUCAGCAAUGGUAUGGUUGGCCGUAUGGAUGUUUAGACCAAACCAGAGGAAAGAGGUAUAGAUCAUUCAACCAUGAGUUACAGUAUGUAGCAAAUCUCUUAGGCUGCCCUCACACUUAUUUUGGCAUAAAACUUCUCCAAGUCACCAGUUAUGACAUCCAUCAAUCAUUUAAAAAUACAGGGAGACCAAUAUAUCAAUUUGUAAAGACACCUUGUAAUUGAAGACAGUUUUUGAAAUCCUGAUAACUGAAAGCUCCAUAAAGGAUCUUGAAGGUUUACGAGUUCUAGAGGUGCCCAUCUAAACAGUUAUAUAUUCAAAUUAAUCAAUUUUCCUCUAUAGACCUCUAUAUAUAUUAGGUCGUAGAAAAUAAUAAGAUAAUAAGAUUGUAGUUAAAAAUAAGUCAAAGUUUUUUUUAAAAUAAAAGUAAACAUUUAAGUACAUACA